ACCACGGAUGAAGCCAUAUCUGUAUAAGUUGUGUUUAUUUUCUUCAGUUAUACUUUCAAUAAUAUAAAUAUAAUGGCAGGAGCAAAGUCUAUAGUAGAUGCAGAAUAUCUGAAGCAAAUUGAGGGUGCUCGAAAAGAACUUCAUAAUCUUCUGAAGAACAAGCAAUUUGCUCCCAUCGUGCUUCGCUUAGCAUUUCAUGAUGCAGGUACUUAUGACGCUAAAGCAAAGACAGGUGGUGCAAAUGGUUCAAUUAGGAAUGAGUUGAACAGCCCUGCCAACAAUGGUAUCAAAGUUGCUGUUGACUUUUGCGAGCAAGUGAAGACUAAAUUCCCAAAGGUUACUUAUGCUGAUCUUUAUCAGCUUGCUGGUAUGAUUGCAGUUGAAGUUACUGGGGGGCCUAUUAUCCCUUUUAUCCCCGGUCGACCAGAUGCUCCGAAACAACAAGAUGGUGGAGCUCUUCCAAAUCCCAAUGGAGAUGCGCAACAUCUGAAGGAUGUAUUCUAUCGAAUGGGCUUGAACGACAGGGAUAUUGUGGUUCUAUCAGGGUCUCAUUCACUGGGUCGAGCAAACAAGGAUAGAUCGGGAUUUGAUGGUCCUUUCACCCAGGAUCCUUUCAAAUUUGACAAUUCCUACUUUGUAGAGUUGAGGAAGGGUGACAGUCCUGGACUGGUGAAAUUCCCCACAGACAAAGUUCUCGCAGAUGAUCCUUCUUUCCGUCAAUAUGUUCAACUAUAUGCUAAGGACGAAAAAGCAUUCUUCGCACAUUAUGCGGAGUCACACAAGAAGAUGUCGGAGCUGGGGUUCAACCCACCCAAGUUGCCAGUAAAAGCUUGAUCGAAGAUGCAACUAUGCAAGGCAGCAUAGACCCAUAAAUAAUUAAAUAAUUUAAUUGGAUACUCUUAUUUCCGAGGUCUCAUGCUUAAUUAUGCUAAUGUUUAAUUUGGGAUUAAAUUUCCCAAGAGUUGGACUUGUAUUAUGUACUAUUUUUAUCAAUGAACAUCCGUUUUCUUUCGAUUGUAUAAAUAA